ACAGCCGGGAGGUCGUGCACAGGCAACAACCGAAUUGAACACCAUAACAUCCACACGUUAACAAUGGAAGUACAAAGCCAACCACAGAAUCCUGGCUCUGUUUCUGAAACAUGUGUAGUCAGUGAUUGUGAGAGAGAAUUGCUGGAAAUUACUGACACUCAGGAAAUAGGUGAUCUCAAGGAACACAAAGAUUGUGGUGGUCCAGAAGAUCAGUCAACGUGUAGUGCAUGCGGGAAAACAUUUAUUAAAUCAGAAGACAUGAAAAGGCACAUGGCGAUUCACUGUGGAAUCAAGCCUCACCAGUGCACUGUUUGUAAGAAAACAUUAUCAGGUCAUCUGCAGAAACAUAUGCUGAUUCACACUGGAGUCAAACCUUAUCAGUGUGUAGAAUGUGGGAAAGGGUUCACACAGUCAGGUAGCCUGCAGAAACACAUGAUGAUUCAUAGUGGAAUCAAGUCUCAUCAGUGCUUCGUGUGUGAGAAAACAUUUACAUUAUCAUGUCAUCUGCAGAAACAUAUGCUGAUUCACACUGGAAUCAAACCUUAUCAGUGUGUAGAAUGUGGGAAAGGGUUCACACAGUCAGGCAGCCUGCAGAAACACAUGAACGUACACAGUAGAAGCAACCCUUAUCAAUGUGUUGAAUGUGGUAAAAGGUUUAGAGGUUCAGGACAUCUGCAGGCACACAUGAGGAUUCACAGUGGAAUUAAGCCUUAUCCGUGCAUUGUGUGUGAGAAAACAUUUACACAAUCGGGUCAGCUGCAGUCACACAUGAGGAUUCACACUGGAAUCAAACCUUAUCAGUGUGUUGAAUGUGGGAAGGAAUUUACACGAUCAAAUUACCUGCAGAUAUAUUUGAGGAUUCACAGUGGAGUCAAGCCUAAUCAGUGUAAUAUAUGUGAGAAAACAUUGACACGAUUAAGUACUCUGAAGAAUCACAUCAGGAUUCACACUGGAAUCAAACCUUAUCACAAAAUUACCACAAACAGCUAUUAUCAGUGUGUUAAAUGUGGGAAAAACAUGAACAAAAUCAGGUCUUACAUCAUGAUCCAUAACACAUCACCAACUUGUGUAUAG